AAGCGACGCAAGCAGCCGCGACGCCAUUUGCUGCGGCCGAGCGUGGGCGCAAGCGGAUCUCGGAAGAACUCGGUCUCGAGACUCUGCUGCGCACGCCACCCGGCCUCUCGCGCCUACUUGGUACUGCGCGGUCCCACGCGUCGCUCCUCGCGCCCCUUGCGGGAAUCGCCACCACCGCUGCCGCCGCAGCCGCCCCGAUAGGAGUCGGAGACAACGCGAGACCGCCGGCUCCGCCAUGCCCAAGAAUAAAGGUAAAGGAGGUAAAAAUAGACGUAGGGGUAAGAAUGAGAAUGAAUCUGAAAAAAGAGAGCUGGUGUUCAAAGAAGAUGGACAAGAGUAUGCUCAAGUCAUCAAAAUGUUGGGAAAUGGACGUUUAGAAGCGAUGUGUUUUGAUGGUGUAAAGAGGUUGUGUCACAUCAGAGGGAAAUUGAGAAAAAAGGUUUGGAUAAAUACCUCAGACAUUAUAUUGGUUGGUCUGCGAGACUACCAGGAUAAUAAAGCUGAUGUAAUUUUAAAAUACAAUGCAGAUGAAGCGAGAAGUCUGAAGGCAUAUGGCGAGCUUCCAGAGCAUGCUAAAAUCAAUGAAACUGAUACAUUUGGUCCUGGAGAUGAUGACGAAAUCCAGUUUGAUGACAUUGGAGAUGAUGAUGAAGACAUUGAUGAUAUCUAAACUGAACUCAACAUUUUGCAUUCCAAUUUCUCUGAGGAUUGUUCAACAAUUUGGAUUUUGACUGUGACCUGUUAAAGAAGAUUGAAAUUUCAUUAAUUUGUGUGUAGUUUGUUAAAGCAGAAUGAUUAGUUUCUAAGGUAAUUCUUUAAAAACUGGUAGUGCUGAAUUAAGUGAAAUGUUAAGCCCACUUUGUUCUUUUGUUGUAAUGGGGCUUAUGGGUAAAAAAAGAGCACGUCUAUUUUUAAAAAGAAGAGAAGAUGCAUCAUUACCCUUCCUACUUUGACCACUUCCAGGAAGAUUAUGGAUAAGCCCUAGUUUUGACCAGCCAGUUGACUGUACAGUGAAUUUCUAUGUGUUUCUAGUUACCUAGAUGUGCCCAUGAGAUUCUGUUAAAAUUUAAGGAAGGCAGAAAUCUGCAUUUGAAGUCACAAAUGAUUAGGUCUGUUUUUCAUAUUUAAGUAGCCUUUGGCUAUUUUUAUACUAAUUUUGGUACAUUCUUUUCAGGAUCUUAUUUUGCCAGCAAACAUACCAACAAAAAGGCAUUAAUUUCCAAAAUGCAGUUUUUUGAAUCUGGGUUUUAAUAACAAUUUUGAAUUGGUUAGUAAUUGCAGAUAUCAAACACUAGGUGGCACCCAGUUAUCUUAACAUUGGAAAUACUGAUACAGCUGUCACCUUUUUUUGUUUUUACUUAACUGUGCGAAGGAAAUUUUCCAACCAAGAAAAGAUUGUUUUGAUCAUAUGCAUGGAUGUAGAAUAUUUUUACAGAAAAGAUUGUUGUGUCAUUUCAGAAGUCAUAUACAUGUAAGCUACAAUUUUUAUAAACACUUAAAUUAUAUGUAAAUGAAAUUUCAUAACAACUUGUCCAAAUUAAGCCUUGUUCAAGCUAUCCCUAAACUAGGGAAAGAGGAGGGAAUAACAACUUAAUAAAAAGAUGAUUUCCAAUUUCCGAAUGGAAGAGCUACAGCAGAGAAAUAUAAUAAAGACAAUGUCAUGCUGCAGAGUAUAUUAUUAUACCCUUAUUUUGUGUUUAGGAUGUAUUUUAUUGUGUGUACAGAUUUUUUUGCUUGUAUCUUAGUGGGAAUUUAGAUUGACCCUUAUUUACUUUUUCGUUUUCAACACUGGUAAAAUGAAAUUAAGGGCUGGACUAGUUAGACUUCACUAGCCACAUUGAAAUUGUGUGCAACUUUAAAAGAAGAGAUCCAUCAGGACUCCAGAGAACUUUUCAGUGAUGAAAAGGACUAUCAAGGGGAAUAAAACUUCACGUGGCUUCCAAACAACAAGCAAGUCUUACCCCACACUUAGUAUAAUUUCCUAAGUGUACAAACUCUGGAAUCGAAAUCUGAGGUUCUUUAAAACAUUGUUAAAUCAAAAGAUUAGACAUUAAAAGUGGACGGUUGCGGUUCAUGUUUCUUAUUUGGCGUUCCUGAACACUUACUUAGGUAGAAUGCAUCUGAGACAGACCAUGGACUGGUUUUUAAUAUUCACAAGAAACCAGCCUCUAAGAAUUGACUUAGUGAUUAUCUCCAUUAGUACUCAACCUCCUACGACCGUUAGGCUUCUGCACAUGAAACCGUUUUGCUACAUCCUUCCACAUUGUUUUACUGAGAAUGUUUUAACUGCGUCCGUGAUACAGUUCACAGUAGGGGUGGUGCAACUCAAACAUUAGUUUUUCUACUUAACUCCUCUAAUAAAUAUGGGUGAUCUAAAGAUUCUUUAAAAAUCACAACAAUGGCCCGAAUUCAUGGUGUUCGCAGUGAUUCUUUUCUCCCCUUGGUAGUAACAGCUCAAUACAGUGCUGCUGUAUCCUGGAAAAAUCUCAAAUCAUAAUAAUUAAACUAAUUGGGGUAAAGUUGUAUGUAGCUCAUAUGCAAUACUACUUGGAGAAAUUAUUUUACUAACUUGUCUUUAAUGUGGAAAUUGUAGUUUCAUCAAUUUGAUUAUAUUUCAAAUGAGGAGUGGAAGUGGUCCUUAAAAGUUUUUUUUUUUGUUUUUGGGGUUUUUUUUUGAUUUUUGGUUAUACUCUUUGAUUCCUAAAAUAUAAUGCUAUAAGGUGUGCCCUGAAAGAAAAUAAAAUGUUUGAAAUCCAAAAAUAAUGGUUCUUACUACUAAGAGGGUGUAGUUAUAACUAAUGACUUUGAUAGGCUUGCAUUUUUCAUGUGCUUAUUGCACUUCCAGUUAUAGUAUAAAUAUGUUGUAUUACUAAGGUGACUAAAUAACCAAACCAAGUGUUUGUGUAAAAAAAGACUUGCCAAAAUUUAUUUGACUGUUGAAUCUUUCUUGAACAUUCAGCCUCUUAAAGAGACCGCCUCUUAAGGUGCCCGUAAACUAUGCAUGAUGAAAAUUCUUGUAUUUUAUUAAGGAAUAGCCAUUGGAUUACUCACCACAUCUGUGGUAUCAUGGCUAUAAAUAUAGUUGCUUACAAAACUCUUUGUGACUCGUAGUUUAAUUUAAUCUCAUCUAUCUUGUAAAUAUUAAAUUAUAGGAUGUUGAAUAACAUCUUUAAUAAGUAUAAACUGCUGUCAGUAUUGACUUCAGAGCAACUGAGUAAUCAUAUAGAUAAAAGCAUGUUUCAAAUACAAUACCUAGCUGGAUUUAUGCUUUAUUUGUAUUUGUAUUUUGUAUAGAUUUAACAACAUCUAGUAUUAACUGUGGCUUGACAGUGUAUCUGAAUGAAAGUGAUGUUCUUUAUGUUACUUGACUGUCAUAAAGAUAAAAAAGGUUUAUAUUGGUAUGAGAUGUUUAGAUCUUAUCCUGCUUAGGAAGGGGAAGUUCCAUGUAUACUGUUUGGAUUCCCAUGAGCUUUUGCACACCAGAUUGUGCUUUUGAUUUACCUUAAACUACCAUCCUUUUUAUCCAUACUUUCUAUUCAGGAAAGAACAAAACAAUUAAAACUUACUACAAGUGUGCUAAGACACUAGCCUCUCAGGUAUAGAGUGAAGCGAGGAAUUUGGAGAGUAUUAGACUGGAUCCUCUCUUCCCCCCAGCUGUCAGGUAUUUACAAGGCAGUGUGAUGAAGAGUGAAGAGCCUGGGGCCUGUCCCAGCCCCCACUCUGCAGGUGACCGUGGGCACCUUCUCCCACCUGUCUGAGCUUCAGGCUCCUCACCUGUAAGAUGGGGAUGGUGAGAACAGUAACUGUGCUCUGUGAUUCUCUGAUUCUCUGAGUCACAGAGUUGUUGGGAGAGUUGAUAAUUUAUGUUUUCAUACAUAUGAUGCACUUAGAGCAGUGUCCGCCGCUUCUCACUUGAUGUCCAGGACUGCGUAUGAUAGAAUAUGCACGUCUUUUAUACUCUCUAUUUACCAUUUCUUUUACUUGUCUUUGGUUCCUAAAAUUAAAAAAAUGUGUAGAAUAUAUAUUUGUAUAUUCAUGUUGACAAGGUAUUUAAAAUAAUUGCUACCACCCUCAUUUAAUUCAGCGUAAGACUAACAGAUGGAACUUUGAAGAUGUUUUGCAAAAUACCAACUGUUCUCUGUUUAGAGAAAGUUUAUAGUUAUUAACAUUGGUAGCUCUGAUUAUAUUUCAUUCUUAAGUCUUUAAUAUUAGUCCUUUUACGUCCUUUAUUAUAGAUUCAUGAAAGCUAAUUAGUAUGGACUGGUUUGGAGGUUUCCCAUCUUUUGGAAUUAAUGUAAAAAAAUCAGAUGCAAAAUACAGCAAUUAGAAAAUAAAAUACGAAAUAACUUUCAA